GACUGGGCGUUUACUUCCUUUUAACUUACUUCCUCGAUUUAGUAGCGGAUUAUCUUACGUAGAAGAGGAAGAACAUAAAGGAGAAAUUAAACAAGAUAAAGGAGCAAAUUAUCAACAUCAUAAGAUUGCACCACCGAUUAAACGAUUUUUAGAUUGUCCAUACGAUGAAUUUCAUUCAAAGGAUGUACAAGAACUCCUAUCUGACUAUAAACGAUUGUCAGCUGAGAUUCAAGAACUUGGUCUUUUUUCAUCUUGA